CACAUGACAUAGGUCACGUGGAGCUCGAAAACAGGAAAUUCUGCCUCGCGCUUCAUCGUCAAAAUGAUAUACAUUUUAGGAAGUGGUUUCAGUAGAAAGGAACAUAAACGCGUUGACAGAGCAGGAUCUCUGAAUCACAGCUGAACCAGGGAAUAAUAAAGAAGACAUCACAUUUAAUCCCAGCAUGCAUCUGAAGAUAUGGCGCUGUGUGUUUAUCCAGAAAACACACAGACAAACUGACACAUGCAUGCACACCUUGUUGUGUUUUCCUUAAUUCUGUGUCUGUGGAGAAAGAGGAGGCAAACCAAAACCAGAGGACCAAGAAUCACUUCCCAAAGGCCCAUGAGUGUCAUUUAAAACAGAGCAGGAAACGUAUUCACUUUGUGUUCUCCCUCCUCAGCUCUGAUCCUUGUGCGAUGGACCGUCCUCUGCUGGGCCAAGUGACAGCCCGGGGCUGCUGCUCCUACAGCACCCUGAAGGCCUGGCUGCCGAUCCUCUCCUGGCUGCCCAAGUACAAGCUGAAGUGGCUUCAGAUGGACCUGCUCGCAGGACUCACUGUCGGGUUGACGACGGUACCGCAGGCGCUGGCUUAUGCUGAAGUAGCCGGCCUUCCUGUGCAGUACGGACUCUACUCUGCCUUCAUGGGGGGCUUUGUCUACACCCUCCUGGGGACCUCUAAGGAUGUGACACUGGGUCCCACGGCCAUCAUGUCCCUCCUGUGUUUCUCUGUGGUGGGGGGGCAGCCACACCGAGCCGUGCUGCUCAGCCUCCUCUGUGGACUCAUCCAGGCCGUAAUGGCAUUACUGAGAUUAGGUUUUCUGCUGGACUUCAUCUCUUUCCCUGUAAUAAAAGGCUUCACUUGUGCUGCUGCGGUAACCAUUGGCUUUGGCCAAGUCAAGAAUAUUCUGGGACUCCAGGGAGUUCCCCACGACUUCUACCUGGAGGUCUACUACACCUUCUACAAGAUACCAGAAGCCAGGAUAGGUGAUGUGGUACUGGGUCUGCUGUGUCUCACUCUGCUGGUUGUGUUGUUAUUUAUGAAGACGAGUCUGGGAUCUGAAGAGGAUCCCACCUGCUCCAGGAAACUCGCCAGGAAACUAGUGUGGACCGUAGCUUCCAUGCGUAACGUCUUGGUGGUCGUAGCUGCAUCCUUUGUAGCAUUUUCCUGGAAUGCUUAUGGCCAUCCCGUGUUUACAGUCACUGGGGAAACUUCCCAGGGGCUCCCGCCAUUCAGGCCUCCACCCACCUCAGACACCACAGCCAACGGCACCGUCGUCUCCUUUGGAGAGAUUGUAAAGGGUUUGGGUGGAGGGCUUGCAGUGAUUCCCUUCAUGGGUCUGUUGGAGAGUAUUGCUAUUGCUAAAGCUUUUGCCAGUCAGAACGACUACAGAAUUGACGCAAACCAGGAACUGCUGGCAAUUGGUGUGACCAACAUCAUGGGCUCUUUUGUGUCAGCCUAUCCCGUCACUGGAAGCUUCGGGAGGACAGCAGUGAACUCCCAGACUGGUGUUUGCACCCCAGCUGGAGGGAUCAUCACCAGUGUGAUAGUUUUGCUUUCUCUGGCGUUCCUCAUGCCCGCUUUCUACUACAUCCCCAAAGCUUCUCUAGCUGCUGUUAUCAUCUGUGCCGUCGCUCCCAUGGUGGAUUAUCAUGUCGUGGCUAAGAUGUGGAGGAUACGCAAGCUGGACCUGCUGCCUUUUGUCGUGACGUUCCUGAUGAGUUUCUGGCAGGUGCAGUACGGCAUCGUAGGGGGUGUAGCUGUAUCUGGAGCCCUGCUGCUGUACAACACGGCCAGACCCCAGAUAAAGGUGUCUGAUCACGGUAUGCUGAUGAUGGAGUUGGGCAGUGGACUCAGCUUUCCUGCCACAGAGUAUCUCAGCCACCUCAUACACACUCAGGCUCUGCAGGCGUCUCCUCCGCGGUCAGUUGUCCUGGAUUGCCAUCAUGUUAGCAUCAUGGAUUACACAGUGAUCAGCGAGCUCAGGGACCUGCUGAGGCAGUUCAAACUACGACAAGUGCAACUGGUCUUUUCCAGAUUGCAGCCCUCUGUUCUGGAGCUUCUCCUCGCAGCUGAUCUGCAGGACUUCAGGCAUACAGACAGUUUGGAGGCGGCGCUGCAGAUGGAGCCGGAGAGCCUCCUCAAUGAAUGACACGAAACGCAUCCAAUCACAGACUGGAGAGGACACAAGCAAUGUUGCAACUCUGAUCAGUGACAUUUCUGAUCUGGGAUUAUUGGGCUGUUAUGAAGUUGAAAAGUGAUGAACUACCUCCUACAACUGAUUCUCUGGCUGUUGGGUGAACGGCUAAACUUGACAUUGGAAAUCACUGUGGGAUCUCAGAGAUUACAGCACUACAACAUUGUUCCAGAAGUGCAAUACUGGGUUUUAUAGCAUUUUGCAUUACGCUUUUUGUAUGAAUGUAAUGAGAGAAAUGAUAUUUCUUUAAUAUAUAUAUUUUUCCUAACAGAGAACUCCCUCUGUUAUGUUUUAGGGCUGAAGCUUAUAGGUGUGCUUCCAGAGACCAAAUCUGAAUUUACACUAAGAAUAUGGACGACCGAUGUGUGAAUAAUGAACAGAACAGAGCAAAGCUAACACUGAUUCCACCUGUCAUUAUGGGUCGUUUUAUUUAUCUAAAGCAGGGGUGUCAAACAUGCGGCUUUGCAAAGUGUAAAAAUGAGUUGUUUUGAUCAUAAAGUAAAAUACUGUUCCAGAUACCCGUGUUGUGCCUUUGUAGAUACACUGUGAUCU